AUGCAAAAAACCCGGCGCCAAACGCCUCUGGCGCCAAACGCCUCUGGCGUCGUGAAGGGACGUUCGUUGGUUUGGGUCUUUUUUGCGAAGCUGAGGCCUCUGGCUGUUCGCGCCAUGGCUGAGUUGGGCGCUGUGCGCGUCCUCUCCGAGGCCGUGGGCGACAGCGACCUCGGCCGCCUCUGCGAGAGGCUGCUGCUGCUCGCAAGGGCGCCGCUCUCGUUGCUGCGUGGCCAGCUGGACGACGCAGCGCUCAGACUCCAGCUCCCGAUGCUGGACGAGCUGCUUCGCGAGCUGGCGCGGGAGGCCUUCACCACCUGGCGUAUCUGUGGCACCAGCAGUGCGUUGGAGCCGGCGAGCGUCCGGACGGCAGCGGUGGUGGCGGACCAGAGCUCGGGGCGCAAUGCGUCAAGCCAAUGGCGCGACGCACGCGCCGCGACGCCUGAGCCCAAGCGGUCUCGAGGGGGCGACGGAGGGCCGCCCUUGGAUGCAGAGGUCGAAAGGCGUAUGCGGCUGCACGUCGAGACUCUGCGCAAUGAUGAUAUAACCAGUAAAGCGGCGGAUGAUGCGGCGCAUGCUCUUUGGCGGUAUCCAUAUUUGGGCAGGAUUAGCGGCGCCAUGGAGGCGCUGCGUUGGCAUGAGUGCAGGAAGAGGCCUUCGGCGCGGGCGAGGGAGGCGGGGGAGGCGCACGAGCGCGCGGACGCGCACAAGGCGGCGCAGGCGCGGGAGCAGGCGUGCGCGCGGGAGCAGGCUGCGGUCCGGCUCCAGGCCCAGGCCGCCGCGGAGCAGGACGCGGCUCGCUUGCGGCCUCUCAUCGCAGCGCUCGAGCGGGAGACGACGGCAGAUCCGAUGAGCGAUGCGGCGAAGGCAGCGGCGGCGGAGCUACGGGACAGCAGAGUUGCGAGCCGUGGUUUGGGGUCUAUCCACAGAUGGGGCGCACAGGGCGCCGCGCGCGAGGCGCUGCUCGAGGAGGAUGCUCGCUUGCGGCGUCUCUGCGCGGCGCUCGACAACGAGGACCCGGAGAGCGAUGCGGCGGAGGCAGCGGCGGCGGAGCUGCGGAGGAAGCGGAGGAGGUUGCCGAGGAGGAAGUUGAGGGAGAGCGACUCCCAGCGGCUCACCAGCCGAGCGGCCUCCGACUUGCGGCUCGUCAUCCGAGCAGCUCUCGAUCGCCACUGCGAGGCGGCCGUGACAGCACGUCAAAACCACCUCGAGGCGGACUACCUGACGGCGCUUGUGGUGGAGCUGGAGCAGGCCUCGGCUGACGCUGAAGCUUACCGGGAGUUGCGCUCUGCGCUUCCGGCUGCGCCCUUCCCCGCGCACUUGGCUGCAGCAGGCCAAGAGGCGCCGGGAACGGCUUCUUUGGUGCAGGAGAAACCGGAGGGGUCGGCGCCAGGGCUGCCGGAGGAGAGCGAGGUGCCGACGGCGGAGGCAAGCGAGGUGCUUGCCGAGGCGGCUGCAGACCUGGCGGCGAGGGUGCAGCUGAGCGGCGCGCCUGCAGAUUUGGCAGCGAGGGAGUCGGACUCGGAGUCCGAGUCCGAGUCCGAGUCCGCGUCCGACUCCGACUCCGGCUCCGACUCCGACUCCGAGGAUGUGUGCGCGGCCCACCGCGCUGAGGUCAAGUCCUUUCUCCAAUUGAUGGCCAACGUGGAAACGCACCUACCUGAAGACUACACGAUCGACCAAGAGCUGGUCAUCGUGCACUGCCGGAUGGGCCGGUCGUGCUCUGUCCUCUCCGGCGGAGGGUGGGCCGCUUCGCGCGUCCCAGAUCUUGCGAGUUCGCCGUUUGAGGACGCGCUGGCCGCUCUGACUGCAAAGCAGCUCAAGCUCGGACGUUCAUACGUCAAGACGCUGCCCUGUCUGGCCGCCCGAGAGCGCAUCUGGCGCGAGGGCGUGUCCUAUGCAGAGGUUCUCACGUGCGGAUUGGCGCCUGAGUACCAGCUCAGCCGGCUGGAGGUGGCGGACCUGCUCCGCCAACCUUUGUACCGCAACGGCUCUACGCCGGGAAUAUCGGAGGCCUUCACUGGCUUUUUCACCAGCUCCAUCUUCAGGCCUGCGUACUAUUUCGGCCGCCUUCGUAAGGCGCAGAAGAUGGUGCCGCGGUCGACCCGGCGUCUCGUCGCGGCGCUUGGGCGUGCAGGCUUCCGCACCGCAGGCGCCAAGCUCGCCGUCACGUAUGGGCCUUCUCCGCACGCGGACGCGGCGCAGGCGACGACGUGCUCAAAGGAGCUGGGGCCGCUGGCGGCGCGGCUCGUGAUCAAGGCCGUGGGCGACAGCGACGGCUGCACGGCCGAGUUCCACUCGGGGAAAUGGGAAGGGGGGGAUGCCUGCAGCCUCCGGCCGUUGCCGCGCGCGGAGUGCUUGCUACUCCCGGCGGCAGCAGUUGCUCCAAAUCCGGCGAGGCUCAGUGGGCAGGGCCGGCGCCCUGCGCCAUGGCAUUCGGCGUAUGCGACGCCGCAGCGCCCUGGCGUAUCGCUCAUCAUUGAUAUCUACUAUCCGCCCUCCGGGGUGCCGGCGGCAGGCGCCACGACGCUGCCGAAGCUACAGGCGACGCUCACAGGCUCGCUGCACGCGCAGCCGGGCUGGGUCCCACCGGCUGAGGCAGCGCUGAGCCCCGGGCUGCUGGCCUCCCUCGCGAAGGAGGCCGGCCAGCGUAGCCAGCCGCUGCGGUAG